UAUCUUUUUACAUUAAAAUUAUCGAUAAAUGGUAAAUUAUUCUAAAUAAAAUACCUUGAAUUCAUGUCAUCCUUGAGUCGGAAGGAAGAGCUAGAAAAAAAGAAGGCUAAGUUGGCUUUAAUAAGGGAGGAAAAACGAAAAAGAGAAGAGGAAAAAAAACAAAAAGAAAUGGCUACAGAAGUAUAUUCUAAUUUACCUGAUCUAAAUAAAUCAUAUGAGGCUGAUGAUGUUCUAAGAGAUCUGGGUAUAAUAGCCCCAAAAACUUUAACUAAGAUUGAGAAUGGAUUUGAUAUAUUCUCUGAUAUAUUAAACACAAGUCAUAUAAAUUUAGAUCAUUCAGAAAAUAUAUUAAAUAAGACUCAAGAAAGAUUACAAAAGUUAUCAUUAUCUUCUAUCACUUCAACUAAUAUACCUUCAAAGGAUAAAGUUUAUUACAACAAAGAAGUGCAAAUAAAUAUGGAUACUGAGCAAUCACCUGAUGAUAAAAAUAAACUUGUCCAUGAUUACUAUGGUGAAGUUUUAAGCACUCCAUCUUAUUGUUGGGAUGAUGAAUUUUCAGUGCUCACAUAUGCGAAUCAUGAUGAAAAUGAAUUUGAUGAUAAUAUUCUUCCUUCAAUUGAUAAUCCCAAUACUAAUAAUAGUUUGCAUAAUAUUGGUUUAUUGCGAUCAUACCAAGCCAAUAUUCCCUUAUCACAAAAAAAGAAUAAUCAGCAUAAUAUUGAUGAUAAAUUGCAAAUUAUAGAACUUAGUGAAGAAGAAAAGUUGCAAAUAAUAGCAGAUCCUCAUUUUAAAGGUUUUAUUGAUCAUUGUUCAAAAAUUGUUAGACGUGUUUUGAGUGAUAAUUAUGAUAUAUCUAUUGAUUAUUCUCAAGAUUCUAUAGAAAAUCAAAAAUUUGAAAAAGGAGAAAGUAAUAAACUUACUUUAAACAAUUGCAUAUUUGAUGAUAUCCUUUGCAAAAAUCGAAGUAUUACAAGCUUGGAUUGGAAUCAUCAAUUUCCUGAACUCUUAGCAGCCUCUUAUUACAGAAACGAAGAUUACAAUAAUAAAGAUGCAGAUGGACAAGUCUUGAUUUGGAACACCCGAUUUAAGGACAUUGAACCAGAAUAUAUCUUUAAUUUCCAGUCCACCAUAUCUACGGUUGCAUUCGCCAAAUUUCAUCCUAACCUUAUUAUAGGAGGUUGUUAUUCUGGACAAAUAGUUAUUUGGGAUAACAGGCACAAUAAAAGAUCUCCCGUCCAGCGAACACCUCUUAGUAUUAAAGCUCAUACACACCCAAUCUGUGGCCUGGCUCCGCUGGGUACGUUUAACUCGAAUUCCCUAGCAUCGCUAUCUACCGAUGGUAAGCUUCUCGAUUGGUCUGUCGAAUCCCUAUCCAGCCCGCUCUCUUGCCUCGAACUCUUAUCCCCUGCAUACCCCGUCCCAUCUUUAUCAUGUAUAUCGUUUCCCACUACAACACAUGCUUUACCUCCCGACAAUUACAGCUCUAAUAAUAAUUCAAACGAAAACCAACAUACCACACCGGCGCAUAACGACGACAACUUAUUUGUUGUGGGCGCUGAACAGGGUUCUAUCUUUUCUGCAAGGCGACAUGGAUCUAAAAACGGUUUAAACGAGAUUUAUGAUAGCCAUAAGGGACCUAUAACCGAUCUACAUUUCAACCCUUCAUUGAUUCCUGAAUAUUCACAUCUCUUCUUGUCUUCGUCAACAGAUUGGAGCGUUAAAUUAUGGUCGAUAAAACCGAAUAGCGAUAUCGUUGACACAUUUAACCCCGUUCACUUUAACAAUUAUCCAACUAAAAAUACGGGUAAUUCCUUCUCCAAUAAUCCAUCCACAUUUAACAUCAAUAAUUUGAGUAGCUUUAUUGGCAGUAACAAUAGUUCUAAUAACGCGCCUCUUUUAACAUUGGAUUGUUACGAGGACUAUAUUUACAGUGUUCAAUGGUCUCCUGUAAACCCCUUAACAUUUGCCCUCUCUACCGGUUACGGGCAAUUAGAUUUGUGGAAGCUCAAUCAUUCCAUCGAGGAACCGAUAUUUUCGGAAAGGGUUACAAACUCCGCCUUAAACAAGCUUCUUUGGUCUCCAUCUGGUAAUCAGAUUUGUGUUGGAGAUGAAGGUGGCAAAAUUUGGCUCUACGAUGUUGGACAAAACCUAAAUUUACCUGCUCAAAACGAAGAAUAUUCUAAUAUUAAUUCUAUGAUAAAAUAGGCAAACAUAUAAAUGUGAUUAUUGUGUGUUACCAUGUUUAAAUUGUGUAAUGCGUUGGCUAUUUUUUUGUAUCUAAGUUAUUGUUGAAAUUGAUAAUUGACGGGCAUAAAUUAUUAUAUUUUUUUUAUACUUAUCAAGUUUUGUAUAAUAAUUAUCGCUUCCGCUAUCUAUACUUCAAAAUAUCACCUCAUACACAUAUUAUUUAAUUU